UACUGGCCAGAUCAGUAACAGCUGGUUCAUGUGCCAUCUGUUGCUCCAGUAGUCAUCCUCGCUCAUACUUUUUUGUUCUUGUUUUGUUUUGUUUGUUUUUAUUUAUACAAAAUCUGACGCGGAUUGGCGCCACUCGCGGGAAACUUGAGCAAUUCAAGCUUUACGCACAGGUUCCGGAGAGCAGACGGCACCUAAAAGAUGAAUGAAACGGACCUGAUCUGCGCAAACCAAACAUCGUCCAACUUUAGCGACCUGCCAUGUCCGACUGCAACCGCCGCGCCGUACAGUCCCAUCGACAUCACCUCCUUCAUGCACAUUUUCCCCUCCAUCUACGGCAUCCUGUGCUCCGUCGGAGUCAUCGCCAACGCGCUGGUGAUCUACGCGGUCGCGGCGUGCAAGAAGAAGAUGGUCUCGGACAUCUACGUGCUCAACCUGGCCGUCGCCGACAUGCUGUUCCUGCUGGUGAUGCCCUUCAACAUCCACCAGCUGGUCAGGGACAGGCAGUGGGUCUUCGGAAACUUUAUGUGCAAGGCGGUGGUGGUGGUGGAUGUGAGCAACCAGUUCACCACGGUGGGGAUAGUGACGGUGCUGUGCAUUGACCGGUAUAUCGCCAUUGUGCAUCCCAGCUCAGAGCGGCGGACCGUGCAGUGGACCAUCGUAAUCAACUUGCUGGUGUGGCUGGGCAGCGUCCUCCUCACCGUGCCCGUCAUGAUCUACGCCAAGGUGGUCAGCAGGGAGCACAUGCAGGUGUGCAUGAUGAACCUGGAAGGGCCGCGGGACAUGUACUGGUACACGCUCUACCAGUCCAUCCUGGGCUUCAUCAUUCCGCUCAUCAUCAUCAGCACUUUCUACUCGCUCACCCUCUACCACGUGUUCAGCUCCAUCCGCCGGGUCAAGCGCAAGCAGUCGGUGUGGGCCAAGAGGGCCACCAAAAUGGUGCUGAUGGUCAUCGCCUUGUUCCUGAUCUGCUGGUCGCCCUACCACGUCAUCCAGGUGAUCAACCUGAGCAACAACCGGCCCACCAUCGCCUUCGUCUACGCGUACAACAUCAGCAUCUGCCUCAGCUACUCGCACAGUUGCAUCAACCCGCUCAUGCUGCUCAUCUUCGCUCAGAACUACCGCGAGCGCCUGUGUCGGCGGAACGCGCUGCACAGCUCACAGCACUCCUCCAAGGUCACCGUGGUCAAAACCGACGGCUCCAGCACGGCAAACGACCCCAACUACCGCAUCACGGUCAUCUAGUCAGCGUCAUCUAUACCGUGUAACAAAUUGGUGGUGGACAUCUUUUGUUUUAGAAUUGUAAAUGGAUUUGUUAUUACACAGAAGAAGAAGAAGAAGAAGAAGAAGAA